GUUAGCACUCUACGUAUAUGAAUAUCUGCUCCAUGUAGGAGCUCAGAAAUCGGCCCAAACAUUUUUAUCAGAGAUAAGAUGGGAAAAAAACAUCACAUUGGGGGAACCACCAGGAUUCUUACAUUCUUGGUGGUGGACAGGUAUCUACUACACUUGUAACAGCUGAUGCUGCUUGGCCUGCCAGAGCUGCAUAAACUUGCCCAUAAUCAGCAUGAGCCAUCUUGAAAUGAAAACUCUUCAUACCAUACUCACAUUAGAGUGUAUUUUGGGAUCUCUACUGUGCAGCUCCAGAAAGACGGGAAACAUGUGAGCAUUCAAGUGAAGCAAAAGCCUUCCAUGAUUAUUUAGACUUUGAAAGUCCGUCCAGAAAGCAUCCAAAAGUUGUAUUCAGAAUCAGUACAGAACUCUGAGUGCUGCAGCAGCUCCCAGCCCAGUGCUAGGAAACAUUCCCCCAGGAGAUGGCAUGCCAGUAGGUCCUGUACCACCAGGGUUCUUUCAGCCUUUUAUGUCACCUCGGUACCCUGGAGGUCCAAGGCCCCCAUUGAGGAUACCUAACCAGGCACUUGGUGGUGUCCCAGGAAGUCAGCCAUUACUUCCAAGUGGAAUGGACCCAACUCGACAACAAGGACAUCCAAAUAUGGGUGGACCAAUGCAGAGAAUGACUCCUCCAAGAGGAAUGGUGCCCUUAGGACCACAGUCUGACCCUUGGUUAUCAUUACAGAACUAUGGAGGUGCAAUGAGACCCCCACUGAAUGCUUUAGGUGGCCCUGGAAUGCCCGGAAUGAACAUGGGUCCAGGUGGUGGUAGACCUUGGCCAAACCCAACAAAUGCCAAUUCAAUACCAUACUCCUCAGCAUCUCCUGGGAAUUAUGUAGGUCCUCCAGGAGGUGGAGGGCCACCAGGAACACCCAUCAUGCCUAGUCCAGCAGAUUCAACCAACUCUGGAGACAACAUGUAUACUUUAAUGAAUGCAGUACCUCCUGGACCUAACAGGCCCAAUUUUCCAAUGGGCCCUGGGUCAGAUGGUCCCAUGGGUGGAUUAGGAGGAAUGGAGUCACAUCACAUGAAUGGCUCUUUAGGGUCAGGAGAUAUGGACAGUAUUUCCAAGAAUUCACCCAAUAAUAUGAGCCUGAGUAAUCAACCGGGCACUCCAAGGGAUGAUGGCGAAAUGGGGGGAAAUUUCUUAAAUCCUUUUCAGAGUGAGAGUUACUCCCCUAGCAUGACAAUGAGUGUGUGAUCCAUUACCAAGUCUCCUCAUGAAAACCACAGUGAGUCAGCCCUUCACAGAACUACUACGGAAGAAAAUUAUUCAUCACAGUGUACAGUUAAACAAAGGAAUCUCAGUCACACCAAACCAACCUUUUUAUUUCCUGCUCUCUCCCCUAUUUUUUGAAGAAAGCGGGUCCAAACGUGAUUCAAACAACUGUACAGAGUGGCAUAUUAGAAUUGCCCUAAACUGAACUGCAAAUAAUUAUCUGUGUAUGUAUAUGUGUGGGUCAGAGAAUGUAUUGUAUAUGUGUAUGUUAUACGGACAUAUGCACAUACAUACAUUGACCCACAGGACAUUGUAAAAUAUUAUUACAUGACAUCUUAAGUAGAAGUAAGUAGGGACUUUUAUUCCAUCCUUUUUUUCACGUUUACAUUUUAAUUAUUAAAAGUUGCUCCUGCCCCUCCCUGAACUAUUUUGUGCUGUGUAUAUCACUGCUUUAUAUAAGUUAUUUUUUAAGGUGAACUCAGAUGUUAUGGUUUUGUAAAUGUCUGCAAUCAUGGAUAGGAAUAAAAUUGCUUAUUUGAGAGCUUUCAUUAAAUUGCGUCUGAUGCAAGUUA